UGCCUGUACUGCGGCCGCUCUCUCGCACGCGCGUGACGUCGCUUCCUCUCUCCAACAUGGCGCAGGAGGCAGGUCGUUAGUGGAGAUCUGAGGGAUUUACUCCACCUUCUGUGUUUAUUUAUGUUUGUCUGUUAGGGGCUCUGCGGCUGACAUUUGUAGAGGAAUACAUCUCCAUCCGAGGCGGCUGCAGACCCCCGUGGGACCACGCACACCUCGCCCCAAAUUCCGGUGCGACAUGUUUGAGGGCAAAAAGACGAAAAACAUGUUCCUCACACGAGCUUUGGAGAAGAUCCUGGCCGACAAGGAGGUGAAAAAGGCUCAUCACUCUCAGCUGCGCAAAGCCUGCGAGGUGGCACUGGAGGAAAUCAAGGAGGAAUCAGAAAAAUUAAGUCCACCGAGUGGAGACGGCAAAUCCGGUUCCAGCACUUUACCCCCGAUAAAAUCAAAGACCACCUUCAUCGAAGCCGACAAGUACUUCUUGCCCUUUGAGCUGGCAUGUCAGUCCAAAUGUCCCCGCAUCGUCAUCACCUCACUCGACUGUUUACAGAAGCUGAUCGCGUACGGCCACCUGACAGGCAGCGCCCCGGACAACACGACCCCGGGCAAGAAGCUCAUCGACAGGAUCAUCGAGACCAUCUGUGCUUGUUUCCAGGGGCCUCAGACUGAUGAGGGCGUGCAGCUGCAGAUCAUUAAGGCUCUGUUGACAGCGGUGACCUCCCAGCACAUAGAAAUCCACGAGGGCACCGUUCUACAAGCCGUCCGCACAUGUUACAACAUCUACCUGGCCAGCAAGAACCUCAUCAACCAGACCACAGCCAAGGCUACGCUCACACAGAUGCUCAAUGUCAUCUUUGCACGCAUGGAGAACCAAGCACUUACAAAUCACAAGCUAUCUUGGUCUCUGGCCUCCAGAAAGCGUGACCGCCAGCUACAGGAGGCGAAGCUGGAGAGAGAGCGACACCGUCAGCAUUCGCCCGUGACGCAGCACGCUGAGCCAGAGUCCCCCCAGCUCCAGGCUCACGUGCACCCGCAGGCCCAGGGUCCCGGCCAGGAAGCCAACGGGCCCGUCACCCCUUCCACUCCCAGCAUCACCACCCCAUCCACCCCUUCCACGCCAGCCCCAGAGGACAGCAGCAGGUCUGUGCCUGGGCCUGGGGAGCAGCAGGUACAGAGGGAGCAGGAGGAGCAAGGAAAGCAGGGGUCUAUCUAUGAGAACCCGGACCCAGAAAAUGGUUCUGAGUUCUGUGCGGCUGAAAAUGAACAGACUGAGGCUGAUCAAGCUACCGCAGCAGCACAGAAUGCAGAGGCUCAGCAUCAUCCAGAGGCAGGUGAAGCAGAAGACGAGGAGACCCCGAAUUAUGAGGAAAAAGCUCAGGAAAUAGUCCAGAGUAUUCUGCAGGAGGUGGUCAAUACUGUUGCAGGAGGGCACUGCCUGGACCCUGCAAAUCUGUGCUCCGACACCAAGGAGUCUGGGGUGGAGGGUGAGCCCAGCGAGUCUGAGCCGGCUGAGGCGGUGACGGAGGGAACCCAGAGCUCCCUGGACGAUGAGGGCACCCUGGGGAGUGACAGCGAGCACGUCCACGCCAACGGCAUCCCGGGCACGCCUAUUUCUGCCACUUUCACCCCCUCACUCCCCGAUGACAGACUGUCCGUCUCGUCUAAUGACACUCAGGAAUCGGGAGGUGCACCGGGGCAGCCGCCUGGUGCUAAAUUCUCCCACAUCCUUCAGAAAGAUGCCUUCCUUGUUUUUCGCUCGCUCUGUAAGCUGUCGAUGAAGCCAUUGUCAGACGGACCACCUGAUCCAAAAUCCCACGAGCUACGGUCAAAGGUCCUAUCCCUCCAGCUGCUGUUGUCCAUCCUGCAGAAUGCCGGGCCCAUCUUCAAGACCAACGAGAUGUUCAUCAACGCCAUCAAGCAGUACCUGUGCGUGGCGCUGUCCAAGAACGGCGUCUCCUCUGUGCCUGAGGUCUUCGAGCUCUCGCUCUCCAUUUUCCUCACUCUGCUCUCCCACUUCAAGACGCACCUGAAGAUGCAGAUCGAGGUGUUUUUCAAAGAGAUUUUCCUGUAUAUCCUUGAGACGUCCACAAGCUCCUAUGACCACAAGUGGAUGGUCAUACAAACCCUAACUAGAAUAUGUGCAGAUGCCCAGAGUGUGGUGGACAUCUAUGUGAACUAUGACUGUGACUUGAAUGCUGCUAACAUAUUUGAACGGCUGGUUAACGACCUCUCUAAGAUCGCUCAGGGUCGUGGGGGCCAUGAGCUCGGCACGACACCAUUACAGGAGUUGACCCUGAGAAAGAAAGGCCUUGAAUGUCUGGUGUCCAUCCUGAAGUGUAUGGUAGAGUGGAGCAAAGAUCAAUACGUCAACCCCAACUCCCAGACCAGCCUUGGCCAAGAGAAGCCCUCCGAGCAGGAAAGCACAGAGACCAAGGCUCCUGAGACCAUAAACCGCUAUGGGAGUAUUAACUCUCUGGACUCCACGGCCUCGUCUGGCAUCGGCAGCUACAGCACCCAGAUGUCAGGGACUGAUAACCCCGAGCAGUUUGAGGUCCUCAAACAACAAAAGGAGAUCAUCGAGCAGGGCAUCGACCUGUUUAACAAGAAACCAAAGAGAGGAAUCCAGUACCUUCAAGAGCAAGGCAUGCUGGGUACAACCCCAGAGGACCUUGCACAGUUCUUGCACCAGGAGGAGAGACUUGACUCGACUCAAGUGGGAGAGUUCCUCGGCGAUAAUGACCGUUUCAAUAAAGAAGUGAUGUAUGCCUACGUAGAUCAAAUGGAUUUCCAGGGCAAAGACUUUGUUUCCGCACUGAGGAUGUUCCUGGAGGGCUUUCGAUUACCUGGAGAGGCCCAGAAAAUUGACCGUCUUAUGGAGAAAUUUGCUGCAAGAUAUCUUGAAUGCAAUCAGGGGCAAACCCUCUUUGCCAGUGCUGACACUGCAUAUGUCCUUGCCUACUCAAUCAUCAUGUUGACGACUGACCUUCACAGUCCUCAGGUGAAGAAUAAAAUGACCAAGGAGCAAUACAUCAAGAUGAACCGCGGCAUAAACGACAGCAAAGACCUACCUGAGGAGUACCUCUCAGCCAUCUACAACGAGAUCGCUGGGAAGAAGAUCGCCAUGAAGGAGACGAAAGAGCUCACCAUGAAAUCCAACAAGCAAAGCGUGGCCAGCGAGAAGCAGAGGCGUCUGCUGUACAAUGUGGAGAUGGAGCAGAUGGCCAAGACGGCCAAAGCUCUGAUGGAGGCCGUGAGCCACGUCCAGGCUCCCUUCACCAGCGCCACACACCUAGAGCAUGUCAGACCCAUGUUCAAGCUGGCAUGGACACCGUUCCUGGCUGCCUUCAGUGUGGGUCUUCAGGACUGUGACGACACAGAGGUGGCCUCCCUGUGUCUCGAAGGGAUCCGCUGUGCCAUCAGGAUAGCCUGCAUCUUCUCCAUACAGUUGGAGAGGGACGCGUAUGUGCAGGCCCUGGCGAGGUUCACCCUGCUGACAGCCAGCUCUGGCAUCGCAGAAAUGAAGCAGAAGAACAUCGACACCAUCAAGACCCUCAUCACUGUGGCCCACACUGAUGGAAACUACUUGGGCAACUCCUGGCAUGAGAUCCUAAAGUGCAUCAGUCAGCUGGAGCUGGCUCAGCUGAUUGGUACCGGGGUGAAGGCACGCUACAUCUCAGGGACAGUUCGGGGCAAAGAGGGAUUCAUUGCAAGUACCAAGGAGCAGAGCAAUGACGAGUACCUGGGUUUAGUUGGAGGAACUGUGGACCGUAAGCAGAUUGCAAGCAUACAGGAGUCCAUUGGAGAAACCAGCUCUCAGAGCGUGGUGGUGGCUGUGGACAGGAUAUUCACGGGUUCCACCAGACUAGAUGGCAACGCAAUAGUUGAUUUUGUGCGCUGGCUGUGUGCUGUGUCCAUGGAUGAGCUGGCCUCACCCACACACCCACGUAUGUUCAGCCUGCAAAAAAUUGUAGAAAUCUCCUACUACAACAUGGGCCGCAUCAGGCUGCAGUGGUCCAGGAUCUGGGAGGUGAUCGGAGACCACUUCAACAAGGUGGGCUGUUAUUCCAAUGAAGAUGUGGCGAUCUUCGCUGUGGACUCUCUCAGGCAGUUGUCCAUGAAGUUUUUGGAAAAAGGGGAGCUGGCCAACUUCAGAUUCCAGAAAGACUUUCUGAGGCCUUUUGAGCACAUCAUGAAAAAGAACAGGUCUCCCACCAUCAGAGACAUGGUCGUGCGCUGCAUCGCCCAGAUGGUGAACUCCCAAGCAGCCAACAUCCGCUCCGGUUGGAAGAACAUCUUCUCUGUCUUCCACCUGGCCGCCUCCGACCAGGAUGAGAGCAUUGUAGAGCUGGCCUUUCAGACAACAGGCCAUAUUGUCACGAAUGUAUUCGAAAAGCACUUUGCAGCCACCAUUGACUCUUUCCAGGAUGCCGUUAAGUGUCUGUCAGAGUUUGCCUGUAAUGCCUCCUUCCCGGACACCAGCAUGGAAGCCAUCCGACUCAUCCGACACUGUGCCAAAUACGUCUCAGAGAGGCCACAGGCUUUCAAAGACUACACCAGUGAUGAUAUGAAUGUAGCGCCUGAGGACCGUGUGUGGGUGCGGGGAUGGUUCCCCAUUCUCUUCGAGCUCUCAUGCAUAAUCAACAGAUGUAAGCUAGAUGUCAGGACCAGGGGGCUGACGGUGAUGUUUGAAGUGAUGAAGACGUACGGGCACACAUUUGAAAAGCACUGGUGGCAAGACCUGUUCAGAAUUGUGUUCAGGAUCUUUGACAACAUGAAGCUACCGGAGCAACAGACUGAGAAAGCAGAGUGGAUGACCACCACCUGCAACCACGCGCUUUAUGCCAUCUGCGAUGUUUUCACCCAGUACUUCGAGUCCCUCAGUGACGUCCUGUUGGAUGACAUACUGGCUCAGCUUUACUGGUGUGUGCAGCAGGAUAACGAGCAGCUUGCCCGUUCAGGCACCAACUGUCUGGAGAACGUGGUCAUCCUGAACGGAGAGAAGUUCUCUCCAGAGACCUGGGACAAGACAUGCAACUGCAUGCUGGACAUCUUCAAGACCACCAUCCCUCACGCGCUGUUGACAUGGAGACCAGCAGGAGCGGAGAGAGAACACACAACUCCGAGCCUGUCGGACAAGCAGCUGGACUCCCUUUCCCAGAAGUCAGUGGACGUCCAGUCCCGCUCUGAAGACCAGCAUUCCAUCAACAGUGCCGACAGGGCUGCCUCAGACAACCGCCGGCCGGGUCAGCACAGUUCAGCCUCGGGCGUGGGUGAGGACAUCUCCCGGAGCAGGACUCCAACCAAGAUCCAGGAGCAACGCUUGUUCUCAGCACUGCUGAUCAAGUGCGUGGUGCAGCUGGAGCUGAUCCAGACCAUCGAUAACAUUGUGUUUUUUCCUGCCACCAGUAAGAAGGAGGACGCGGAGAACUUUGCCGCCGCUCAGCGGGAUGCUGUGUAUGCUGCACACACACCAGUAGAGACCCAGGACCAGGGGAUGUAUCGCUACCUGACAUCCGAGCAGCUCUUCAAGUUGCUGGACUGCCUGCUGGAGUCGCACCGCUUUGCCAAGGCUUUCAACUCCAACAACGAGCAGAGGACCUUACUGUGGAAAGCAGGUUUCAAAGGGAAGUCGAAGCCCAAUCUGUUGAAGCAGGAGACUAGCAGCUUGGCGUGUGGCCUUCGCAUCCUGUUCCGCAUGUAUACGGAUGAGGGUCGGCAGGAAGCCUGGGAGGAGGUCCAGAGACGGCUGCUUAAUGUGUGCAGUGAGGCUGUAGCGUAUUUCUUGGCCCUGACCUCAGAGAGCCACAGGGAGGCCUGGACAAACCUGCUGCUGCUCUUCCUCACCAAGGUGCUAAAGAUCAGCGACGAAAGGUUCAAGGCCCAUGCAUCUAGAUAUUACCCCCUGCUCUGCGAGAUCAUGCAGUUCGACCUGAUCCCUGAGCUCCGGGCUGUUCUACGAAGGUUUUACCUGAGGAUCGGCAUCGUGUUCAACAUCUCGCAGCUGCCAGAGCCUGAAGCCGAGUCGAGGCACACACCACAGGAGCCAGACGCGAAGGUGGGGGAGGAGGCUGGGGAGCAAUGAUGCUGCACCCCUCACAGCCCGGAGCACAGAGCUUCCCCAAGGCCUCUGUGGCUCUCGUGCCCUUCGUGUGCCCUUCGUGUGGUUUAUGCAGAAUAUUUGACUGAAACCCGGAUUAUUAGUCGGUCGAUUGCUACAAACUACCCGCACCCUGGACCACAUCCUCACACAAACGAACCAGACCACAUACAGACCACAAUAUCACAAUGAAAAUAAUACCGUCUUGCACAUGGUGUAGCAAUGCCUCCACUUGAUAAAACUACUGAUAAACAACUGACUGUCAACCAUAUCUCUGAUUUGCUCAGAAGGAAUAUAUUUGAAAAAAAUGUGUGCUUCUUACUGUAUAUUUACAACGUUAAGAAUGAACAUGCAAAAAGACAUAUUCAUAACUAUGAAAUGUGACUUUGUCACACACUGGUAGUAACGGUCUGUCUGCGCUGCAGAUGGUUAACAUUAGUAUUGAUAGUCUCUUGAAUGAAACUAGUUGUACAGAUCUGCCGUUAUGUAAUAUAAUCUUAUAACACUAGAUUUCAUUUAUUUUUCUUUUUUCUCUCUGGAUUUGCUGCACUUGAUCUCGUUGUUGAAUGCACUGGAGAUUUUACUUUUGUGAUAAUUUAUUUGACUGUACCAUCUCCUGCAGGCUGCCCUACACCAUACGAUUUGUAAGUGAACAAGCCCUUGGCAAGGGAAGGGUUAAAUUAUUCCAUUUUACAUGUUCUUAGGUUUUUAAUGGAAAUAGAUUAUAACUGGAAGACGGGAGAGCCACCUGAUGCUUGCUGCUUUUGAGUCACUAGUCCACGUAUGAGUUUAGUUUUCACUCUUGUGUACAAAAUCAAACGUUAAUAAUAUAUUUAAUGUUUUUUUUUCUUUGGUUUUGGGGGAAGUUCUAUGUAUAGAGAAAAUGACAAAUGUUAACUGUGCUUUAAGUAUGAAUGGGAUGCAUUCCUGCUCAUGGAUGUAGAAAACAAAAUGUAUAUGAUACAGCAAUGUAAAGUUUUCUAUGUCACAAAAAAGAUUAUGUACAACUUUCUGUACAAUACAUUAUCUGGCAUUCUAAUCAGGUUCUAGGUCAAUAAAGUUUUUGAACUUG